AUGUCCUUAAUCAAAGUUAUAUAAUUAUUCUGUUUUUAUGUUUUGCAAGCAUCCACAUCCUUAACAUAAAAUGAUCAAUAUAAUUGUUAGAAAACUUUAAACAAUACAUUGAAAUAUUCUUUAAUAAGAAGAGUUUCCUAUUCGAUUACUUACUUUUGUGGGAAUUAAGACUUUGAAAUAUAAAUAAAAUUAAAUAGCAAUCUUCAUCAUUAAUCAAUCUAAAUCAAUCUCAACAACAAAUUAAUAUCCAAGAUUAUUUAUUUAAAAACCAACAAUAUUUAUUGA